GGUAAUGUUGGUUAAUAGACAUAAAAAGCUUGUUUUGCAAAGUAAGAUUUAGUCCUGCUAAAUGCAGAGAACGUACCAGUCUGCAAUUUGGAAAUUUAGUCACAAGACUGAGUUGCACUGAUAAGAAAUUAUUCUUGCUUCAGCCUUUUUUUCCACAUAAUGGUCACAAUAUGAGCUAGGUAAUGUUUUUCAAGGGUUAAAGAAAUAAUGUAGAGUUCUGUUUCUUAUUCUUGCUAGCCCUGCCUCUCUCUGCCAGGUAUAUUGUUCUUGCUCUUCAGCUCUCUCUAUUUUUAGUAGUUGUAUAUCUCAGUGCUUAUGAUUUUACCGAUGAAUUAAGUUUGCCCUUGUGGUCAGAUUUAGGAGAAUAAAAGCAACAAAGCAGCAAAGACAGAGAGUUGCUCUCAAAGGAACCUUCAGGUAAAGGAUUAGAUCAUUCAAAGUUAGUCACUUGUACUUCAGUCCACAGGAAUUGGAUCUGUGGGGCCUUUUGGGUGGAGAAGCAGGGAUGUGUGUGGUAGAUUAGGGAGAGUACUAUGAAUUUCACAGAAUUAAUGAAGUGUCUGAACUUUCACCCACUCCCUUUACUGUAUGUGCCUCCACUUAAUAACACUUUACUGGACACUAACAUUUAAUUACAUAUUGUAACAAUUUUCUAGGUGUUUCUGGAGCAUUUUUUAAUGCAGUUUUCUAAACUCAGGUGAAGAGGCAGAAACCUGUCUGAGACACUGCAUACACAGAGUACCUGGCAGUCCUUCCCCAAAAACCUUGUCUAAGCAACCACAGGUGAUACAAAGGAUUUAACUUGCAAAGAAAGUGAAUGUGAUGAAAAUCUGUAGUCUUACUAUAUUGUGAGGGAAUUACCAGAGGAAUGUUAAAUGGAAGGGAUGAGGCAAAAAAGUGAGUAGGUGCAGAAAGAUGGAUAAAGAGUAAAUAAGGAGCAGAGCUCAUGAUGCUGAAGAGCAGCUAGAAGCAAACAGACACUUUUCUGCUUCCUUCUGCCUGGCUGCUCUCUAGACCCCACUCUUACAGGAACAGCUGAGGGAUGGGCAGAGUGGGAUCUGGGUUCUGGUAGGUGCCCUUGCACUACAGGAGUACAAAGUAAAUCCAUUUGGGCUCCAGACCCAACAAGCUGUUGGGAGACAGCAGCAUGGUGGCUGUGAGGGGGAUGCUGUCACUCUCUCUUCCCAAUUUGUUCAUCUCUCCCUAUGCAAUAGUAAGCAAAUGAGCCUUUAGUGCUGCUGCAUGUCAUCUGUAGAAGAUCUCUUGUAGCAGAGGCACAAUUUAGGUUGCAUAUAUUGAAUUCAAGGUCUAAAAUAGCAGAAUUGAUGUUGGUUUUUGUAAUGGACCCUGCUGACCUCAAUAAAACCACAAAGGGAGGCCUGUAGGAAGUGGUGUUUGUUGGUGCUGGUUGGGUACUUUGGCAAGAUGCAGUAAAGAUAAGUGGCUUUUGCUUCCGUGUGUGAUUCACGCUGGUUCCAUUGCUAAUACAUCAUUUAGAGGUGAGGUUUUUCCCAGUGUAGUGUUUGAUCAGUGUCAGUACACAGGCCCUUUAGAUUUUCUGAGAGGCUUUCCUGGUCUGCUGCAGAAGUGUAGGGACUAAGACAGUGGAAUGGUAGUGAUCAGUACUGGAAUCCAGCUGCUGAUGCAGAAUGUAGAACUCCAGCUUGCCUCUCAAACUCGCUCUUGGCUUCCAGAAAUUGGUCUGGUUCUUUAUCAUCAUGAUGUGUGGAACAUGUUGAACAGGACAGGCAUUCAUGAAUAGAACGUGGGUAAUGGUGAAGUUCUGUGCAGUCAUACCCUACAAAACUAAACAAUCAUUAUGGAAAAAGAGCACAUCCAGCCCUCUGAAUCACUUCUUCCAUGAGUUCUAUUCCCUUCAUUCAACAUUUUAAAGUUAUCUAUGAUGCAGUUCUGCAUUCCCUGUUUUUAUUCCACUUCAAGAUGUGUGCAAAUAGGAUUUACUUAAUGAAAUCUUUUUUUACUGAGGGAUUACAGGUAAGGAGCUUGAAGAUCUAAAUGGCUUUCCUGAAACUUGAUGCCAGGACAAAGUGCUAUUUUGGCAAGACAUUCAUGUUUAUUAUAUUGUACACUAUUAUAUAGACACUAGGAUUACUGAUUAUAGCAGAACAUUACCUGCACGGGAAGAGAUGAAACUAACCUGGAAUGUUUUGUCAAGGCUGCUGAUCUGUGACUUGAAGGCAGUUAUUUUUCUGGGAGGUGAUUCAGAAGUAUGAGUCUGUCCAGCUUGGAGUUUCCUGGUCUGUAUCAUUACAGGGUUGAACGAUUUAAGCAGAAAGCACCUGCCCUCCGCAGAUCUUCUAACUUAUUUACAUAUCAGUGGUCAUUAAACCCACUGACUCCUUCUGUACUCCAGAAAAGGUGCACAGGAUUUGUUUGUUUCAGCAAGAUAAGUUGCUUGCUGAAAUCCAAAAUUGUAACCCACAAGUGGACACCACUCUGCAAAGGGAAGAUUUGUCAAGAUCCCGCUUUCUGUCUUUCACAAAUAACCCCUGUCUUCCAGCUAUUUUUUUUUCCUUCUAAAUAAUUUUUUAAAGGGGAAACUAAGUCUAAAUGUCCUAUCUUUUCCUAGAACUAUGGUUUGCUGCAUUCCGUCAUAGGGUGAAAAGAGGAAAGAGAUGGUUUAAUUUGAGCAUUACCUGCUUUGAGUUCUUUCCAGUGAGCUGUGACUGGUCAGAAAUGUAUAAACUGCCAGACUUGAAUUUGCCUCAGCAUACAUGGAACAUUUACUUCAAGUCAUUAAAACUCUGUGAGUGGAGAAAAAACUGUAUUUUCAGAUGCUGGGUUCAGUGUUGGACUGUAAAUAGCCCUGUGGAUUUUCAUAGUGAUCCUGGCAUGCAGUGCAUCACAAGACUCAAAGAAAACAAAGUGCAUAAAACAGAGCCAACAGAGAAUCUGUCUUGGGCUUUUUUGAGUUUCUGAGGAAGCCUUUAUGGAUAAGCCUCGAGAUCUCUCAAAUGAGUGAGAGAAAGAAAUGCUGGGUAGAUUUUCCAGCCAGGCUGAUCGGUUUCUUCUGGUUGGUUGAUGUCAGCAAGCUGGUUGAUAUGGAUGGCUGAUGCUUUCUGCCAGCUUGCUUCUGGGUAAUGCUGAGUCUGCACAACCCAUACACUUCCAUCCAAAUGUCUGUGCUCUCUACAGCUCCCGUGAAGACCGGGCAAGUUGGCAAACUGUUUAGAUCAGUGCUCAGCUUUCCAGCUGCCCUGCUGGCAAGCUUCCCAGCUUUUUGGAUAGCUGAGUCCGAGAGAGUUAGGUUCCUGGGAAACCAGUUAAAAAAAUAGAAAAAUGUAAUUUUGCACACUCUUCAAAGGGAAUUGUCUCAGAAUUUUCUUCCCCUGAGAAAGUAAUGUUUCCCUCUUCAGCUUUUCAUUGCAGUUUGAAAUAUAAACCACAUUUAUAGGAGAUGUUUAGUUUUCCAAGCAGGUCUUUGUAGAAGACCAUGAUAAUCUGUUUCAAGAAUCAUUCCCAUGCUUUAAAAUAGAAUAUAGGGACAGAAUGUACUAAUUCCUGAAGGGUUUGUUCAGAAAUUCAGAUAUAUUCUGAGCUAGUUCUCAAAAGAUCACCAAGAGCUAAGUGGUUCCUGUCAAAGGAAAUCUACCUCUUCAGGAGAUUUAAGCUUCUCAUGACUUUUAAGUAAGAGCCUUGGAUUUCUUUUAUGUAAGAGCUUUGGAUUCACGGGGCAUUUUUUAAGUUUUUUUUUGGAGAUGAGGAAAGAAGGCUUUGCUAACUACUCUUGUGCUUCAUGAAAGCCUCACUCUGUCUCUGCAGGUGUGAAAUUGUCACCUGAAGAGACACAAGUGUCACUUGGGAGAGACUGUUUAUGGUUUCUUUUUGGCAGCAAUCACAGCCGUUGUGUGCAGCAGCAGGGGUGAUGCACUGUGUGUCCCCAUUGCCUGGUGUGCUUUUACUGGAUGUGCUGAGUAGCUGGGCCUCAGAGCACCCUUCCUCAUGCUGUAAUCAAAGUCUAGUCAGUGUUCUGACUAAAAUAUUGGACUUUGAAUUCAAUCAAUCCCUCGUGUUUGUAAGCAUAAUUCUGCAAGUCAGGGUGCAAAACCUGGGCAGUGUUUUACAACUGCAUCACACUGCUAGAUUUUAGACUGUGUUCCAAGCUCUUAAGGCGUGUAAAUGACACAGCAGUAAUUUAAGAGCUUCUUUUGGCAGAAUAAGAUUUUGAAAAGCCCUCAGAAACAAGACACUGUAAAAUUAUUCAUUUUGAAGCUACUUUUCAUAUAAUACUUCCUUUGCUACAGUAAUAAUCACUAAUAAAAUCCACUGCAAAUGAAAAAGUUUGUUGAGACUCUACUGUUAAAUGAGAUUCAGCUCUGCUUUUUUAGGAAUGCCCAAAAUAAAAAUAGGUUCCAACGGAUUUUACCAGCUGUGCCCUUUAUCGUUUAUUUUUCCCUUCCCUGCUGUGGAAUAGCUUGCCAGCUUAGGAAACUUGCAUGGUGCCUUUAAGAAGAAAUGCUAAAAAUAGUUUCCUUUUUUAUUUUGAGUAUGAUUUUUGAUUAAUUGCAAGAACUGCCUGCUUAAUUUGGAUUCUCUUUUUCUAACGUAACAUUCCCUUUUUAUUUGCUCAUGAGGACUUCCAUUCAAUAAAUUCUGACUAAGCCUGGCUUGUUUAAGACUAAAAUGGAGCUCUGAAUGACUGUUUAAGACUAAAAUGGAGCACUCCGUGAGAAAUCUAAACCCAGGCCUGUUUAAAGGAUUGAGGCAUUAAGCCAUUAGAAGAGCCCUCAUUAAGAAUGAGCCUCUAGAUGUUGUGAGCUCUGUACAAAGCCACGGUCCCUCAGGCCCCUAUUCACAACUAGGGCUCAGAGAUGCUCUGCUAGCAAGGAACAGGGCAGGCUUCAUUUCCUCUUUCAUUUUGGAAAUGGAGUUAAUUUUUUUGAGAAAAUUUGUGCUUUUGGCUUUUGCUGUUUAAGGAGGAGAGAGAGACCUUUAUUUUUUUCUUAAUGUUUUGACAUGCCUUCUAAAGCCUGGCCUCAUUAGUGUUGGGAAAGCUUCCAUGGCCCUGCAGUUCUGUAGGUUUGGAGACAGCUAACUAGAGAAACAUGAGUUUCUAUUUGACCUGCAACUUCUGGUGGACCCUGAUUUCCCAGUGGUGAGGUGAUGAAGUUACAACCACAGCUGAUUUAUACUGUUUCAUGUUAUUUGUUAGUAGAAUCUUCUAAAUUGCUAAAAUGGAUUUCCUUCCUUUUAAUUUUUAUGCACCUGCAUCUGUUUUGUAAUCAGGUCUGUAAUCAGUCUUCCUUUUAACAUAUUAAAGUUAAAAGCAGUAGAGACAAAAAUAAGGAAGAUUUCAUCCUUCAAACCAAGGACUUGUCAUGUCUUAUCAUUACAAUGAAGCCUUUGAAAAUCCAGACUACCACUUCUCAGAGACAUUGGAAAUUGAUAGAAGGGGGAGUUCUCAAAGGAAUCCAUUCUCUCACCAAACUCCUCAUGAUUCAUCUCUGUAUGAUCACUAUGGAGAGCAGAGAGGGAGGGAGCAGAACUACCCCGUGGCCAUCCCAAUGGCUUCCCUGGGACCUGGCUCUGCCUACAGCCAGGAUUUACCCAGCACAACUGCACAUGGAUAUUUCACAGACAAUCUUUCCUUUGAGCCUGAACCAGAACUGACUUACACCCCACAUUCUACCUCCCAUAUGCUGGAUUAUCCCUACACUCAUGGAAUUUCCAGUGGAUCAGAAGACAGCUUCAUUCGGAGACGCAACCGAAGACCACCCGAUGAGAUCUUUGUGACUUCUUCCAGCAUGCUUGAAACAGAUCCCGCCUGCAGGGAAGAGGAAGAUUUAGUUAGAAGUCUUGCAAGUAUGUCCAGCAGUGAAAGGAUUAAAGCAAUCCAGAAGAUGCCAGAGACCAUGAAAAAAAAGAGAGAGAUCAGAAACAAAGUUCUUAAUGAAAUAACCAAGAAAUCAAGGCAUCGUGGUGCCCAGUGUACACAGUGUCUGCAGGGAGCAGCAGUGUCAUUUCGGCGGUUUGGAAAUACCCUUUCAGAAUAUUUUCACCAACUGCGGCCAUGGCACAAGACUCUGAAGAUCAUUGGUGCUGAGUUUGGAACAAGUGUUCUUUCUUAUUUUGUUUUCUUGAAGUGGCUGCUAAAUUUUAACAUCUUCUCAUUCCUCAUAAACUUUGGUUUCAUCACAAUUCCUCAGUUUCUUGCAGCAGAACCAAAUAACCUUUCAUUCACGGGCCUGGAGCUGUUCACUGGAGCUGGUUAUUUUCAAAAAACAGUGCUCUACUAUGGCUUUUACACCAAUGCUACAAUCAGUAAAGUGGAGAAUGGUCCAUCUUACAACAUGCAGCUGGCCUACAUUUUCACUGUUGGAACAUAUUUUGUCAUCUGUUUUCUUAUCUUGUUGUUCAGCAUGGCAAGAUUCUUCUCCAGGAACUUUGUUAACCUUAAGGCAUUCUCUGUGAAUGCCAGCAAGCUGCUCUGCACUUGGGACUUCAAUAUAACUAAUGAAAAAGCUGUGAAGCUGCAACAAAAGAAUCUCUACACACAAAUAAAGGAAGGUCUCACUGAAGUAAACAAAGAAGUUCUAAAUUUUUCUGUGAUGGAGAGAGUUGUUCGUAUUGCUUUUCAUCUCCUUGCUUGGGUGGUUUCCCUGGGAACAGCAGUAGCUGCUUGUACUGGUGUUUACUUCCUCUCCAUUAAUAACCUCAAGCUGUUUAUGAAAGGGUACAGAAAUGAUCUAGAGAGACAAACUGCCAUGCUGGUGCUACCUGUGAUUGUAUCUCUCCUCAACACAUUGAUCCCAUUCUUCUUCUCCUGGCUUGGGCACCUGGAGAAGUUUCAGACUCCUGGACAGCACAUAUAUGUCACUAUCACCAGAAAUACCAUCCUGAAAAUGUCAAUUGUUGGAAUACUGUGCUACUACUGGCUGGACAUCGUGGCUGCCUCAGAGUCAGAGUGCUGGGAAACUUUGGUUGGCCAAGAUAUCUAUCGUCUUGUUCUAGUUGACUUCAUAUUUUGUUUGCUUGGCUCCUUCUUUGGAGAGUUUUUACGAAGAAUUAUUGGGACUACAGUCUGUGUGAGCCUGGGGCUGCCAGAAUUUGAUAUUGGACGCAAUGUUUUAGAUUUGAUCUAUGCACAGACUUUGACCUGGAUUGGUAUCCUGUUCUCACCUCUGUUGCCUGGUAUCCAGAUGAUAGCAUUUUUGAUACUAUUUUUUGUGAAAAAGGUCAGUCUGAUGAGGAAUUGCCAGCCCCCUCGCAAAGUCUGGAGGACUGCUCAAAUGAUGACAUCCUUCAUUUUCCUGCUGUUUUGUCCUUCCUUCAUUGGAGUCCUGUCUGUCAUUGGAGUCACUGUCUGGAGGUUAAAACCUUCAGAAGAAUGUGGUCCUUUCAGAGGUUUGCCUUCCAUGUAUGCUGCAGUUGCUGAGUGGAUACAAAUACUGGAAAGUUACACUGCCUCACAAUGGGUAGUGUGGAUCUACCAUAAUUUAAUUGCAAGUGAACUUUUCUUCUUCAUCAUCUCUAGUUUUGUACUAAUUGUUACUUAUCUUUACUGGGAAAUAAUGCAAGGAAGAAAGACCAUGAUCAAACUCUUACAUGAGCAAAUUGAAAAUGCAGGAAAAGAUAAGGUAUUUCUACGCAAAGAGCUCCGAGCACUGCAAAGGGCAAAGAGGAGCUCGUCUGCCCUGGGAGGAAGAGGCCAGCAGAGAAGCUCCUCUUCAUACCACCCAUCCAUGCACCCUGACCAGGAGGUGCCAGGCUACCCAGAAAGGGCAUUUGACAGAAACCAAAACACAUCCUACGAUGAGCAUCCCUUUUCUGUUGGGAUCUCAAGCAGCAGUGACUUUCCACCAGGCGGGGAGCACAGCCCCGGCCCCGGCUCCAGCCCCGGCUCCAGCCGGGCCCUGGCGCUCGCCCUGCUCGCCCGGGCAGCGGCGCUGGCGGAGGACAGCGAUGGCAGCGGCGGAUGGCAGCCCUGAGCCGGCACGGGCAGCACCGAGUGCCCGCACUGCCCGCAGGAAGCAAUCCUCUCUGGCACUAGUGGCUAAAAGAAUCUCUCAAACGUCUAUCUGACGUCUAAAUGGAAGGAGAAAAUAGAAGAACAAGUUGCAAAAUGCGUCAGGACUUGGGUAUUUUACUGAGGUAGGGAAUAUCCACCUGUUGGGGCUGUUCUGCAGCAGUGGUGUUUGGUGACAGCCUUGCCCCAGGACUGGCAUCACCUCGAUGUAGUGAGGCUCCCUCCACAGCUGACUGUGUGUUGUUGACUAAAUAUAAGGGAACUUGUGCCUAACUGUAAAUAAAAGUUUUGUUUAAAAAUAUUUUUCUAACUGUUACAUUGUUUUACCUGUUUUAUCAGCUUUUAUCUGAAGCAUUGGUCAAAUAAACAGAAGUAUAUUAAAGUGCAGUUGUUUUUAAUGACUGAGACAUUGCAAUGGCUGUGAAAUAACUUGUGUGAACUAGGUUCAUUUUUCUGAGCCAUUUUUACAGUUUAUUACAGUCACUUAAAAGCAGCUUUGAUGAAGCCAUCAGAACUAAGAGUGACUACUUAGCAAAUUCUCAUCUGUGUAAAACUAUUGCUCGUAAACUGGAACUUCACAUGUCUUUUACUAUAAAGGAUUGAUUGCAGGUAACACAACUAAGACUUAUUUUUUUAUUAUUUUUUAUCAUACAUGACUGUGAGAUUUGAUGCAGCUUCUUCUUAUUCAAGACUACAACUUUGCCACCACCAUGAUAAUUUGUUUUCU